GGCUGAGUGACAUUCUCGCCUUCUCUCACAGAGAUGUCCACUGGGUCCUGCUCCCAUUUUGGUGGAACUGUGAAGGGAAGAGAAAGGAGAUAAAAUUAAAUCGUGCCUUAUGUGGACAUGGAAGAAUAUCCGAACGGAACUCUCCUUGCCGGUCCAUUGGCUAGAGUUGGGGAGGAGCUUGUGAAAACAUUUAAGUUUCGGUCGCAGAUAAUCUUUCCAAAAGAGCGGAUCUGGGGGAUUAAAGCGAACGGCACCUUUUCCGGAUAUCUGGGGGCGGUGCAGAGAGGGGAAGUAGAUGUGAUGCUGGGUCCUAUGGCUCCCACGGUCGGUCGCAAUGAGGCUGUUGACUUCACCGUGCCGUAUGACGUCAAUUACGUCAGCGUGAUGACUUGGAGACCCGUGAAAUUUGUUGAUCCUUUCAACUUCGUCCGUUCUUUUAGCGGCGAAGUGUGGCUGGGCAUUCUCAUUUGCUGGAUUGCCGUCUCUUUCGCUACAAGAUGCUUGGAUUUUGCUGCGUCCAGGCACUUAUGCCGCGGAAACCGCACCCUGCAGUUCCCACAAUACUUGUGGCUGUACUUCAAGGUCAUGUUUCCCAAUAGCUUCCCAGACAACCAGUCAUCGUGGUUCCGCAUCCUUCUGGGCAUCUGGAUGUUGGCUUUAGUAGUGCUCAUGGGGAGCCUCAGUGGCAUACUCACCUCCACAAUGCUUGUCCGCAAGACUACCGAUCGAGUGGACGACUUCGAAGACCUCUUUCGGUACCCGAAGACAAGGGUAGCAGCAGAGACGCUCACCUACUUCGAGCGCCUGCUCACUGACCCUGUAGGCGACACAUUCAAGAGGUUGAGUAACCGCCACGAACGAGUCGUGGGCAUGUAUCGACCUGGCGCGCGUCUAGACGCUGUUAUGGCUAGCGUUCUUCGCAAGGAACGCGUCAUGCUUGGAACGGACGUCAUGCUCAAGUCCCAUAUCGCUGACAAUUACGUGCGAACUGGACAGUGCCGACAUCAAGUGGCUAAAGGAACGGGAGGUCUCAUGCACAUCGUCAUGUUGCUGAGAAAGACACUUACUAAGGACUUCAAGCGGAAGCUGGAUGCAUUCGUGUCCCGCAUAAACCAGUGCAACAUCUACCACAAGGAGAUGGAAUGGCGUCUACGCAACUACACCCGCUGCGUCAACAUUCGGGACGAUGCCGUGCAAGCUCUUGCGCUGACGGAUAUCCAAGGCAGUUUCUUCCUUCUUCUCGUCGGCCUUGCAGCAUCUUUGCUGGUGUUCCUCUCGGAACUCUGCAGCAUGCCGAACAAAUUUAUUUCCUUCUGUGGGACAGGUAACCUGCGAGCUGUCAAGCGGCACAAAUUUCACGCAGCAGCUCUCCCAAGACAUGGGCAGUAUGGGAGAUAGUAUUGACUAUUGCGUAUGAAUCCAAAGCGUUAUCGCUGAGAUUGGCUGAUUUCAAGGGAUGUUUCUUGUGGGAUAAUAGG